AUGGGGCAGCUCAGCAAGAAGCUUCUGGUGGCGUCCAUGGUGGUGGCGGUGCUGGCCGUGGCAGCAGUGGAGCUGUGCGGCGCCAUCCCGCUCGAGGACAAUGACCUGGAGUCGGAGGAGGCGCUGUGGGACCUGUACGAGCGGUGGCAGACCGCGCACCGCGUGCCCCGCCACCACGCUGAGAAGCACCGCCGCUUCGGCACCUUCAAGUCCAACGUCCACUUCAUCCACUCCCACAACAAGCGCGGCGACCGCCCCUACCGCCUCCGCCUCAACCGCUUCGGCGACAUGAGCCAGGCCGAGUUCCGCGCCACCUUCGCCGGCUCCCGCGUCAGCGACCGCCGCCGCGACGGCCCCGCCACGCCACCGUCGGUCCCGGGGUUCAUGUACGCCGCCGUGAACGUGUCGGACCUGCCGCGGUCCGUGGACUGGCGCCAGAAGGGCGCGGUGACCGGCGUCAAGAACCAGGGCAAGUGCGGCAGCUGCUGGGCUUUCUCCACCGUGGUGUCCGUGGAAGGCAUCAACGCCAUCCGAACCGGGAAGCUGGUGUCGCUGUCGGAGCAGGAGCUCAUCGACUGCGACACGGCGGACAACGACGGGUGCGAGGGCGGGCUCAUGGACAACGCCUUUGAGUACAUCAAGAAAAACGGCGGGCUCACCACCGAGGCCGCCUACCCGUACCGGGCUGCCAACGGCACCUGCAAAGCCGCGAAGGUGGCCAAGAGCUCCCCCAUGGUGGUGCACAUCGACGGACACCAGGACGUGCCGGCCAACAGCGAGGAGGCGCUGGCCAAGGCCGUGGCGAACCAGCCCGUGUCCGUGGGCAUCGAUGCCAGCGGGAAGGCGUUCAUGUUCUACUCCGAGGGGGUGUUCACCGGUGAGUGUGGAACAGAGCUGGACCACGGCGUCGCGGUGGUCGGGUACGGCGUGGCGGAGGACGGCAAGGCGUACUGGACGGUGAAGAACUCGUGGGGCCCGUCGUGGGGGGAGAAGGGGUACAUCAGGGUGGAGAAGGAUUCCGGUGCCGAAGGCGGGCUCUGCGGCAUCGCCAUGGAGGCAUCCUACGCCGUCAAGACGGACAGCAAACCCAAGCCCACGCCCAGGCGCGCGCUCGGCGCCUGGGAGUCUCAGUGA